UCGAUCUUUUCUCUCAUUUUCUCCGACGAGCGAGAUGAGGUCGCCGGCGGCUGUCAACUUAUGCCUCGCGCUCCCGGCGUUCCUCCUGGUCGCCUCAGCAGCUGCGAACGGCAAUGGCUACGGCGGCGGCCAUGAAACCAACCUGAUGCCGGCCUACCAGCGGCCCGUGGACGGCCUCGACUCCGGGUACUACAGUAAGUCGUGCUGGGAAAUGGAGGCAAUCGUCCAGAGGGCCGUCCGGAAGGCCGUCGGCGCCGACCGCACCCUCGCCGCCAGCCUCAUCCGCCUCUUCUUCCACGACUUCGCAGUCAGGGGCACCGACGCGUCCGUGCUGGUGGACUCGCCGGGGAGCGAGAAGCAUGCGGACGCGAGCAAGACGUUGAGGGGGUUCGAGCUGAUCGAGGCAAUCAAGACGGAGCUGGAGGCCAAGUGCAAGAACACCGUCUCGUGCGCCGACAUCCUCACCGCCGCCGCCCGCGACGCCGCCACCACGGUCGGGGUCCCCUACUGGUCGCUCAGGUACGGGCGCAAGGACGGGAAGGAGUCCCGCGAGGAGGAGGCCGACCGGCACGUGCCUAUGGGCCGCGAGAGCGUCACCGACCUCAUCGCCUUCUUCGAGUCGAACGGGCUCAACAUCGUUGACCUCGUCGCCCUCUCCGGGGCUCACACGAUCGGCCGCGCCACGUGCGGCGCGGUGAAGCCGGGCCUGUGCGACCGCAGGCGGGACGGCUCGCUGGACCGCCAGUACGGCGACUUCCUGCAGCGCAAGUGCAGCGCUGGCGGCGACGCGGAGUACGUCGAGCUCGACGGCGAGACGCCGACGGCGUUCGACAACCAGCACUACAAGAACCUGAUGCGCGGUAAGGGGCUGCUCCCGACGGACCAGAAGUUGCUCCGGGACUCCCGGACGGCGGACUUCGUCAGGUCGUUCGCCAACCAGGGGUCCCAGAUCUUCGUCCACCAGUUCGCGCAGUCCAUGCGUCACCUCGGCGAAGCGCAGGUGCUAACCGGCGACGAGGGCGAGGUCCGCCGCAAGUGCUCCGCCGUAAACUAAGCGCUCGAUGAAAAUGAGAUGCACGUACGUGCGCAUGUUUGCACUUACCAUUUUGCUCUCUUGGUUCAGGAGAAAAAUAUGCAUGUGCUCUUUUGGUUUACAUUCACUUCUUUUGGUACGGUGGUACUGUUAAUCUUUUUUUAUCUGCUGUUUGUUCUGUAAACCAUA